AUGGACAUCAAUCGUUGUUCGAGUACCGAGUUCAGCGGCUGCCAGUUCAAGUUGCAAGCUUCACAGAAACGUAUCGAAAUGUUGGAGAACAAGGUGCAACGGUUGCAGGGCGAACUGACCAUGGAGCGAGACUCUAAGUGCUUGCUAGAGAUGGAGAUCUUAAAGCUCAAGGAGGUGAACAAGACGCUACAGGAGGAGUGUCGGGCGGCGAAAAGCGAACUGAAACAGUUUACGCAGUGGUUUUUCAACACUCUCGAAAACCCCGUCUCGCAGACGACCGAAUACACGGUCACGCCGACGCAGGACCCGGCCUUCGAUGACAUUCAGUCUGUAUGA